AUGAUCCAUGGAGAAGGCGGCAAUGUAGAAGUAAUUGCUGACAUAGAUGUUGACUCUGUAGGAUCUGCUUCUGUUGCAUUUAGUUUCUUUUUGAAACGGGCACCUUUCUAUGUGCUAUUUCCAGCUUUUGUAAACACUGGUGGCACGCACUUGUUAGAGCACUCAAAAUUCCAAAAUUUGCUUAUAUGUAAACUCUCUGAAGGGACAACUGAUCAAUUUGUUUCCUCUUUUAGAAUUGUGCUCUUUUGGAUCCAUCAGAUACAAUCAUCUUAUAGAAGCAAGCCAUUGGACAAACUUGAACAGAUUUCUGAAGUGUGCUUUAUUCUCAUACACCGCAUGCUGGCACAAUUAUUGGUUCAAAAAAAUGAUUCUGACUGUUUAGCAAUCAAUUCAACUGAAUGUGUUCAACAAGUGGCUGAAAUCGUUUUCCGCCAUCCAGUGUUGACAGCAUCCUUGGAAUGCCCUUUGCAGGGUAGUGAGAAAUUUGCAGAUGAAAUUUUUGGGCAAAGUGUGGAGAAGUUUCUUGCCAUAGCCAGUCAGGGAAUACACAGAAUGGAUCAUCAUGUCUUGAAUAUGUUAGCAAUAACUUCUGAUCACUUAUUUGCUUUAUGCAAUGGUCAAGAAUUUCUACGUCAAGUUGGCUGUGCAAAUAAACAGUUUGUAAAGGCAUAUAAAGUCCUUGAACAGAAGCUUUUUCUGAUAUUCAGGGACAGGUUUGAUCAGUGCAUAAAUGCUGAAGAUUUCAUGCCCCUUAUCCCAACAUUAGUUGCUUUGCAAACUUUGAUUCGCUUCAUAUCCCCCUUUAAGCUUCGUGAAUUAGUUCAAUGGAUGUUCGUUAAAGUUGAUCUCAAUGACUCCUCGGUUUGGGUAUCUUCCAAAAGUUCUGCUCUCUCCGUUGCAUUAUUUAUUACGGGUUGUGCUUUUGAUUUGCUAUCAGUAUAUUUGCGUCAGACAAAUACAAAACAAACAGCAUUCGAUUUUUUCUGGGGAAUAGAAGAGGAAAAUUUUGAUGUUACCUGGUUUGAGAGAGUUUACAAUCAAGUAUGUGAGAUUGCCACAUGUUAUGAACUGCAUGCUGCAGAUCUAUGUUUGCUGAAAGCUGUUAGUGUUGCAAGCACACGUAAUGUUAAGCAAAAUAGGAUUCUUCCACUAUGUAUGGCUAUGUCGAGGGUCAUAACAAACACUCCGUUGAAAUUGCUUUGUCAUUGCAUCCACAGGACAAGCAUGACUAAAUCCAAACUACUGUUCUCUCUUACUGAAAUGAGUUCCCUGCAUCUGUCUGUCUUUGGAAACUUAUNCAGGUUUGAUCAGUGCAUAAAUGCUGAAGAUUUCAUGCCCCUUAUCCCAACAUUAGUUGCUUUGCAAACUUUGAUUCGCUUCAUAUCCCCCUUUAAGCUUCGUGAAUUAGUUCAAUGGAUGUUCGUUAAAGUUGAUCUCAAUGACUCCUCGGUUUGGGUAUCUUCCAAAAGUUCUGCUCUCUCCGUUGCAUUAUUUAUUACGGGUUGUGCUUUUGAUUUGCUAUCAGUAUAUUUGCGUCAGACAAAUACAAAACAAACAGCAUUCGAUUUUUUCUGGGGAAUAGAAGAGGAAAAUUUUGAUGUUACCUGGUUUGAGAGAGUUUACAAUCAAGUAUGUGAGAUUGCCACAUGUUAUGAACUGCAUGCUGCAGAUCUAUGUUUGCUGAAAGCUGUUAGUGUUGCAAGCACACGUAAUGUUAGGCAAAAUAGGAUUCUUCCACUAUGUAUGGCUAUGUCGAGGGUCAUAACAAACACUCCGUUGAAAUUGCUUUGUCAUUGCAUCCACAGGACAAGCAUGACUAAAUCCAAACUACUGUUCUCUCUUACUGAAAUGAGUUCCCUGCAUCUGUCUGUCUUUGGAAACUUAUUUUCAGAUAUGAUCAAUAGAUCUUUGGUUCCCUCGAGCAAUCUGANUGUAGUUGAUGCUUCUGGUGACCUUUGUGAGUGGAAACCAUUGAAGAAUUUAUUGCUGUUCUCAGAGAGUGUAGCAAAACGACAAUCUUGUAGCAUUUCUUCAACUGAUAGGAAAUUGGUGGGAGCUGACAAUUCUUUUAUCCAUUCCCUUUGUGAAGUUAAGAGAGUUUUAAGGAGUGGGGAUGGUGAACGCCAAGGAUUGACUGAAAUAUCAACAGCAUUUUUGUUUUCAAUGCUAUGCACAACAGCUAUAGAGAUAAUAGAUAACUUCCCAUCUGUUAUAUCUAUUUCACAGCACUUACUUGGAGUUCCUUUUUCGCUAUUGCUCUCUGUAUUUUACCAUGAAGAAAGUCUUCUUAAUGGUAUCUUCAAGUCAUGGCCUGAAGUGUUUUUUGGUGCUGUGGAAGGGGCUUUAAAUAUGAUCCAUGGAGAAGGCGGCAAUGUAGAAGUAAUUGCUGACAUAGAUGUUGACUCUGUAGGAUCUGCUUCUGUUGCAUUUAGUUUCUUUUUGAAACGGGCACCUUUCUAUGUGCUAUUUCCAGCUUUUGUAAACACUGGUGGCACGCACUUGUUAGAGCACUCAAAAUUCCAAAAUUUGCUUAUAUGUAAACUCUCUGAAGGGACAACUGAUCAAUUUGUUUCCUCUUUUAGAAUUGUGCUCUUUUGGAUCCAUCAGAUACAAUCAUCUUAUAGAAGCAAGCCAUUGGACAAACUUGAACAGAUUUCUGAAGUGUGCUUUAUUCUCAUACACCGCAUGCUGGCACAAUUAUUGGUUCAAAAAAAUGAUUCUGACUGUUUAGCAAUCAAUUCAACUGAAUGUGUUCAACAAGUGGCCGAAAUCGUUUUCCGCCAUCCAGUGUUGACAGCAUCCUUGGAAUGCCCUUUGCAGGGUAGUGAGAAAUUUGCAGAUGAAAUUUUUGGGCAAAGUGUGGAGAAGUUUCUUGCCAUAGCCAGUCAGGGAAUACACAGAAUGGAUCAUCAUGUCUUGAAUAUGUUAGCAAUAACUUCUGAUCACUUAUUUGCUUUAUGCAAUGGUCAAGAAUUUCUACGUCAAGUUGGCUGUGCAAAUAAACAGUUUGUAAAGGCAUAUAAAGUCCUUGAACAGAAGCUUUUUCUGAUAUUCAGGGACAGGUUUGAUCAGUGCAUAAAUGCUGAAGAUUUCAUGCCCCUUAUCCCAACAUUAGUUGCUUUGCAAACUUUGAUUCGCUUCAUAUCCCCCUUUAAGCUUCGUGAAUUAGUUCAAUGGAUGUUCGUUAAAGUUGAUCUCAAUGACUCCUCGGUUUGGGUAUCUUCCAAAAGUUCUGCUCUCUCCGUUGCAUUAUUUAUUACGGGUUGUGCUUUUGAUUUGCUAUCAGUAUAUUUGCGUCAGACAAAUACAAAACAAACAGCAUUCGAUUUUUUCUGGGGAAUAGAAGAGGAAAAUUUUGAUGUUACCUGGUUUGAGAGAGUUUACAAUCAAGUAUGUGAGAUUGCCACAUGUUAUGAACUGCAUGCUGCAGAUCUAUGUUUGCUGAAAGCUGUUAGUGUUGCAAGCACACGUAAUGUUAAGCAAAAUAGGAUUCUUCCACUAUGUAUGGCUAUGUCGAGGGUCAUAACAAACACUCCGUUGAAAUUGCUUUGUCAUUGCAUCCACAGGACAAGCAUGACUAAAUCCAAACUACUGUUCUCUCUUACUGAAAUGAGUUCCCUGCAUCUGUCUGUCUUUGGAAACUUAUUUUCAGAUAUGAUCAAUAGAUCUUUGGUUCCCUCGAGCAAUCUGGUGCAAGAAAAAUGUAGUCAUACUCCUUUAGAUGAGGACUUUAUUAUGCUUCUGCCUAUUGCUUUGUCCUACUUAAAAUCAACUUCUUUGAAAUUUGGGAAGCAGUUCUGCAAACACUUGAGAGACAUACCUUUUUCCUACUGGAGGAUCCUCUCAUGUAGUUUUUCUCAAUGGAAGAGCUAUGUUUCUGGGGACAUUUUUCAAGUAGAGUGUUGUGAAUUCUUGCCUUCGUCUGUAGAGGAACUUCUCAAUCUUGUCCAUGACAGUCUUUUGGGGAAAGCAAUUCUGAUGCUGCAGUACUUUUUUUCUGUAAGCGGGUGUUCUGUGAAACUCAAGAAGCGGUUGAGGCUAUUUGAUUGUGUUUGUCCAUGUUCUGGUGCAAAUGACGAUUUGCUGGACUGCAAUUCUAGUGAAAUUGAUGUUUAUUCACUUGUUCAGUUUCUAAACCUAAUAGUUAGAACUGUUGCAAAAAUACAGUUUUGUAGACUGCUGUUAUUUCCCUAUGAUAGUGAGAUUGACUUUUUGCCAAAGGAAGGAGAUAGGGAUACGAAGGAGAUUCCUUUGGAAGUGGGAUCCAAAAAAGAGUACUUGUCAAGAAUCGGAUUUAUAAGCAUAUUGGUGAGCACAUGGCAAGUGAUUGUCAAGAAAUUUCCUUCAAACUCCGACAACUCCAGUGAUGUAGGGGACACAAAAUCUUCCUUGUUCAGAUUUUUGGAAGUCUUUCUGUUGAGAAAUAUUCUGGAAUUAACGGCAAAUAUGCGUGACUGUCUUGUGAAAUUGCAUUCUCUCCCCUGCAUAGAACAACUUGCACAGUCUACUUUUCUUUACAGAUUUGAGGACCAUGCAACACUGGAGGUUCUCCGAAGUGUACUGGCGUUGCUAUCUGAAGGGAAAUUCUCUCUUUCUGUAGUUCUUCAGCUGCUUCUUGCCCACUCUCAGUUUGCACCUACUAUUUCUUCUGCCUUGAAAUCAUCCGGUUUUUCUCAAAGUGGUGUGAUUUUUAGGCCUAUGUCCAGCUUUCUAAGAGCACUUAUUCUUCCUGAUACUGAGCAAAAUGACCAUGAUGGAAAGAAUCUUCUGCAAAGAUCUGAGCUGUAUAGGAAACAGUUGGAACUUGUGAAGUUGCUUAGGAUACUCUUUCGGUUCAAAGCUCGGCAGUGUGGUUUUGAUUCUGAAAAGGAAAUCGGAAUAAAUUCUAGGGAAUUGCUUUUCUUGCUUUUGUCAUCGUAUAGUGCGACUCUUGGUGAGCUUGACUUGGAAAUAUACAAUCUUAUGCAUGAAAUUGAGAUUGCUGAUGAAUCAAACUCUGGUAGUAUUGAUGAAAUGGAUUUCCUUUGGGGAAGUGCUGCUAUAAACAUUAGAAAGGAACGGGAAAAAGAGCAAGAUAUGUCUUGUGAUAAAAUUAAUGAUAUUGAAGCAGCCAAAGAAUGCCGAAGAAGUCAAUUUAGAGAAAAUCUUCCCAUUAACCCGAAAUUGUGUGCAUAUACAGUGCUUUGUUUUCCUUAUUAUAGAACCGUUGGUGAGGGAAUUUUAUCCUCGAACAAGCUUCACCAAGAUAAUUCUGAGCACAUGGUUGAGGCACGUUCUGCUACUGCAAGUUCUGCAAAUGUUGAGAAGAUACAAAUAUAUGAUCCUGUUUUCAUCUUGCGCUUGUCGAUUCAUAGUCUGUCAAUGGGUUACAUUGACCCGAUGGAGUUUGCUAGUUUAGGAUUGCUAGCUGUUGCAUUUGUUAGCAUAUCUUCACCUGAUGACGAGAUGAGGAAAAUGGGUUAUGAGGCUGUUGGAAGAUUUAAGACUGCGCUAGAGAAGUGGCAAAAGAGGAAGGAUGUAAUUCGACUUCGGCUUUUGUUGACAUAUUUGCAAAAUGGUAUUGAAGAGCCAUGGCAGAGGAUUCCUUCCAUAAUUGCUAUAUUUGUUGCAGAGGCUUCUCUGAUUUUGUUGGAUCCUUCGCAUGAACAUUAUUCAUCCAUAAGUAAACUUCUGAUGUGCUCACCGAAGUCAAAUAUGAAGUCUAUACCAUUAUUCCAAGAUUUUUUCUGGAGUAGCUCUGUUAAUUUCAAAACGGACAGAACCGUUGGUGAGGGAAUUUUAUCCUCGAACAAGCUUCACCAAGAUAAUUCUGAGCACAUGGUUGAGGCACGUUCUGCUACUGCAAGUUCUGCAAAUGUUGAGAAGAUACAAAUAUAUGAUCCUGUUUUCAUCUUGCGCUUGAACUCCAUUCUUGAGGUUGCCUUGAGUUUCUAUGCUUCGCCUCUUUCAGAUAAUGAGUCAAAGGAAUUGAUUCUUCAGCUGUACCAAGAUCAGAGGAUGUACUCUUUGACUCAGUUAACCAUGCUGCUGGAGGUAGUCAAUGAUGUUAUAUCUUUUAGAAAUGGUGAUGAGUGGUUUCAAACAUUUGCCCUUGAGCAGCUUGCUGAACUUUCAUCUCAUCUAUACAAAAUUUUAGUUGGCGACAUCAAGGUGAUAAAAGACAAUGUUCCCAUAAUUAAUUCAAUCCUUCAAGUACUGACGUCAACAUUGAGAAUAUCACAAAAGAGGACUGUAUAUCAGCCACAUUUUACCCUGUCAGUUGAAGGUUUGUUUGAAAUAUGUGAAGCGGUUAAUGCAUGUGGUAGUGGAAGGUAUUGUCCCACUAUGGAAUUUGGACUUGAAGCUGUACUUAUGAGCUCUCCUCCUGUGGAUAUUUUCUGCAUGGAUCGAGAAAAGCUUCUAAAGUUUGUUACAUGGGCAAUUUCAAGUGCUGUACAAUCAACCUCAACAAAAAGGCUUCAGGCCAAAGGAUCUUAUCAAAAUUUUACAAUUUUCUUGGAGGAAAAAGAAUCUGAAGAUUCUUUUGUAUCAAAGCUUUUACGUUGGCUAACUGCUUCAAUAAUCCGUGGAAGGCUUUCAAAAGAAUUGAAUAUGUAUGACUCCAGUAGUCUUUUUGCAAGAUCAAACCUGCAGACGUUGCAAUCUUUACUUGAACACAAUGGGAAAGGAUGUCGCGAAAACAAGUCUUGGUUUGACUCUGAAGAUAUAUUAGCUGCUGCAGUUUUUUACCUCCAACAGUAUAUUGGCAUGAACUGCCGAGUGCUUCCUUCUGCUGUUUCUGCACUUAGUCUCCUACUUUUUCCAGCUACCUCCCUUUCAGGUCCACUCUAUCUUAUGGUCUUAUGGACAAUUAAUUUAUUUUGGUGAUAUACACAAGAGCCACACGUAGUCCAAGCAAUUAAUUUGAUUUUACUUUUAUGUAGUUUUUUCUGGUUCAAAAUGACAUUGAAUUUCUCUUAUAUGGAGACAUUGCUUUGUUAUUGUUUCUACAACAUAGUCAAUUUUUUACCUUACUAAUGAAAUGGCUAAUUAUCGCAUAACACUUUCAUCAUUACACAUUUGUUUUGCGCUGUCCCCACCUUAAAGGGAUGCCCUGCUUGCACAAAGGAAAAAAGUGCUUGUUCUGCCUCUGGAUAUUGGGAACCCUUGGAGGCCAAGUCAAGUUGAAAGUCAAUUUAGAAUAAUGGAAAAUUAAUUUGAGAAUCGUGAGUGUCACUUUUGUCUAUGGAUCUUUAUUUCUUGAAGCCUAAAGGUAUUACUCUCUUUUUAGAUAUUAUAUAGUAACUAUAUAUUCAAAAAUAUGAUUCGAAGGCCAGUCUUUUCCUGUUGGAUUUUUUUUGACUUUUCAACUUCUUGUGAAUUGUAAGCAAUCAAUGUCAAAGCCUUUAGGUAUUUCUCUCAUUCUUUGACUUUUCAACUUCUUGGGGAUCUUAAGC